UUGAUGUUGAUCACAUUUUACAGGGGCAAGCAAAGCAGACAUCACUUCCGAGAUCCUGCCAUUUUGCUGCUGAUGCUCAAAGCAAGCCGCGUCCAGACUAGCUGGUGCUGGCUGCAGCCAUUGUUUUGAAGUACAGCUCAUUAUUUUUUUUUAACGAGACUAAAUCAGUUUUUAAACAAUUGAAGACGUUAUCAAAGUAGAAUGUCAGAUUUCGACCACAACCCGUUCGCGGACCCUGAAUUCAAUAACCCUUUUCAGGAUCCGUCGGUGACCCAAGUAACACAGAAUGCUCCUCCAGGGUUGGAAGAGUACAACCCCUUCACAGAUGCCAAGCCGGUCCACCCUGGCCCAGCGCCUAAAUUGCCGCCCCCCCCCACCACCACCACCAACACACAACCAGCCAUCAUGAAGCCUACUGAAGAACCUCCUGCAUACUCCCAGUCACAGGAGCAGGCGUGGGCGGCUACAGAGCUGCUGAGGAGACAGGAAGAGCUGGAGAGGAAGGCCGCCGAGCUAGACCGCCGCGAGAGAGAGAUGCAGUCGCUCAGCACAUCAGGAGGGAGGAAAAACAACUGGCCUCCUCUCCCGGAGAAGUUCCCAGUGGGCCCCUGUUUCUACCACGACAUCACCGUGGACAUCCCUGUGGAGUUCCAGAAGACUGUCAAGAUCAUGUACUACAUCUGGAUGUUCCACACGGGGACGUUGUUCGCCAACAUGUUUGGCUGUCUGGCCUGGUUCUGUGUGGAUGCGACCAAGGGAGUGGACUUUGGUCUGGCCAUGCUCUGGUUCAUGAUCUUCACUCCCUGCUCCUUCGUCUGCUGGUACAGACCCCUCUACGGCGCUUUCAGGAGUGACAGCUCGUUCCGUUUCUUUGUAUUCUUCUUCGUGUACAUCUGCCAGUUUGGCGUUCACGUGAUGCAGUCCAUCGGCAUCUCCGGCUGGGGCGCCAGCGGGUGGAUCUCUGCUCUGACUGGCCUGAAUAAGAGCAUCCCUGUUGGCAUCAUCAUGAUCCUCAUCGCUGCUCUUUUCACCGCCCUGGCUGCCAUGUCGCUCAUUAUGUUCAAAAAGGUCCAUGGCAUGUACCGCACCACAGGGGCCAGCUUUGAGAAGGCCCAGGCCGAGUUCGCCACGGGCGUCAUGGCCAACAAGACGGUCCAGACCGCCGCUGCCACCGCCGCCUCCAACGCCGCCAGUGGAGCUUUCAAGCAACAGAUCUGAUUGGCCCCCGGAGACCGCCCUAUUUCUUCACUCCGUCCAAUCCAGCCCCCCCGCCUGAGCUCAAGCUUCCCUGCCCUCCCAACCCAGCUCUACUCGCAUGACUAGGAUGAGACCAUAGAGAGAGGUAGAGGGCUCGUCUCUGUAUCUGUGGCGUUGUAGUCGUCUGUGACAGCAUGGGGCAGCGCCAUUGAGGCUACAACCCAUAAAAAAAAUACCGACCCAGUUGACUAAUUUUUGAUUUCUUUAACCCCCUUAUGUCGAUGUCCGCGCCCCCACGGAAAUCUAAUUAGCAUUAACAUAAUAAGCAUAAUAAAAUAAUCCCUGUAAAAAUGUGUCAGUUUAAGCUUGCGAGAUGGUGUAUUGGAAGCGUCUCAGUCCACCGCAUGCGCCCAUGCCACACUUCCGCAUCUGCAGUGAAAGGUGAUGGAGCUCGAGCGGCGUUUGUCUGACCAAGAGACGUCCUGAAAAUGGUUCUGCUCACAAAAUCGUCCGUAGCAUCCGGAAGUUUUCUAGUCCAAACCAAUCUAUGUAAAGAUGGGACUCUCACGAACACAAUGGUGUUUUGCUCUACGACCCAUCUUGGGCCUCGUCUAAGGUCGGUACAGCCGAUCUGUCAACUUCUGUCUGUAGAUUCCGAACAGUUUCUGAACAAUACCCCUCUGUGGAAAGGCGGUCCUCUCAUGAUCACGUCCAUGUGGGUUGUUUUGCUCUAGGACGCCCACAGGCCUCACAAGACUCGUCUUAAAGGUUCCCCGGUACCAGUUUAAAACAUUUAUGGAAGUAUAUAUGGAGACUGUUUAGUGACAAAAAUAAGGGGUUUAUGCAUGUAAUAAAAAAUAACAUAUUUCCUGAUAUAGGACAGACCCAAUAAACUUCCUUCCGAUUUUUUUUUGGGGGGGGGCGACUGUUGUUCCAUAAAGUGAAGGAUAUUCAAUCAGUUUGUAUGGGCUAAGAGCACAAAGGCUCAACACAUUUAAUAAAAAAAUAUACUUCAAGGGGUCUUCAAAUGUCAAAAUCAAAUAGCAAAGUGAUCCUUGGUAUGAUCUCUUAAAAUAAUUCCAUAUAGUUUAGUAGAACCCCCCUCCCUUGGCUUAAAAUGGCAGAAGCAGUCAAUGGCGCUGCCCAUGCUAAAAUGGGCUUUUGGCCACUAGAGGCCUCUAUCAUUCUCUAUGGAUGAGACCUAGAAGGAUGAGCCCAAUGAUGUCAUAGUGGAUGAAAGCAGGAAGUAUACAUGAGAGGCUUGUGUUUAAGUCGUUUCCUUCAGUUCCGUCCAGCUCCCAGUGCAGAUCUACGUCCUGUGGAAUCUGGAGGUUUAGGACAUCAUCGUCUCAUCCACCAACCCCCGCCUCUCAUCCACCAACCCCCGCCUCUCAUCCACCAACCCCCGCCUCUCAUCCACCAACCCCCGCCUCUCAUCUUGCCCUGAGGGCUGUAACUCCGCUCACCCUAGUGGCUUUAUUAAAACACUCCUGUCCUGUGUCUGUCUGACCCCACACCACUUAGUCAUGUCACUAUACAAGUGUUCGCAAACUUUCCUUUGUGUGUGUGUGUGUGUGUGCAUAUGAAUAUUAGUGUCUCUCUAUAUGUUAAUGCCGAGGCCUAUACAUUGUGUACGUUCCACAUCCAGUUUCUGUCACUCCCUCUGAUGCAAGUCAAUUCCCUUCACCAAGACUAAUGGCUGUAGCUAUCCAUAAACGUACACGACUCAUUUAUUCACUGUAUUUAACCAAGUACCGUUAGAAAUGUUUAACACUUAAUGAAAACAAAAUCAAACACUUGUUUUGAACCCUGCGCCAGUCAGGCGGAUAUGGCCACCAGUCAGUGGUCACCAGUCUGCCCUCUGGUGGUGAGACCUGGUAUUGUUGAGUGCUGCGCAGUCCAACGUUGUCACCUCGGGAAUCGUCUAGACUGAUUCAUCUCAAGAAGCGAGUGUAAACCCAUCUGUGUUCUAAACAAGGAAAUGUCUCAGAAAUCAGGUUCGGUGUCUUGGUUAGAUUUUUUUCCCUCUCACGUUCUCUGUCGCACAGCCUUGUCGUAGUAGCUUUUAAGUCUUGCCUUUUGAUAACAUCUUGUGUUCUCAAUAACACUUUCAUAAAAUAAACGAAGAGGCCAGAUGACAGCGACCUACAUGGCAUAGCCUCCUUGUCCCUUGCUGUAGUGGUAACAUUGCACUUCACGUAGCCACCCGCACCCCUCAAAACCCGACGCUUUCAGACCUGCAAAUGUAUGCUAGCUGAGCUGUAUGCUAACAACUGACUCCGGUGAGAGAGAGUUGGCUCAUCUCUUAAGCCUAGGUUUUCCACCUGGGGAUAUAUACAGUACCUCAGUCAGUGCUCUUUACGUGCAUGACCAAGCUUGCUGAUCUACAGGACACUGCUCUGGUCUACGCCUCUCUGUAUUAUAGAAGUCUAUGGUUUGUGAGUGAACGGAACGGUCUUGUUUUGAAGUUAAAAUGCUGUGCAUUAAACUGAACCGGUGCAGUAAUCCCUGUGUCUCCAAACGCUCCAAGAACAGGCGAAAUCUCCCAGUAAUAUCAUUGGUCUAUGCUGCAUGGAUGUGUCGACGCUGCUAGCCUGAGGUAUUCAUUGUAUGAUUGAGUGAAAGGAGCCAUUCUCUCUCUCUCCCCCCAAGUGUUUUAGGCCUUCUGAGUUUAUCUUUUUGUUCUGUGCGUCAUCCUCUUAGUUGUAAUGUUAUUCGUCAUCAUGUUGGUCGAGAAGGUCAUGCAUAAGCUCUAACUUCCUUGUUUUGAGUGUAAACCCGUGAACCUGCCUGUGAUUUUCACCUUUUGAGUGUGACAUGAGGUGGGGGGGGGGGCAUGUGAUGUAAUACCAUUUUGGUGUGUGUGUGUGUGUCAGUCAAAGUGAAGUUUUAACAAGGAUAACUGGCUGUUCAGUUGAAUGCUAUUGUGGGCAAGGCAGAGACAUGCUGAGAUCUUCCGUUCUCUUGCUGCAAGAUGGAAACCUGUUGUGUUUUUCAGCUAUUUUUUUUUAAAUGCUCCUUUUUUAAUAUCUAUAUAUAGAUCUUCUUGUUUUCCUUUUAGACUGAUAGUCAUCUCUCCGAAGUUUGUUUAGUGUGUUGAGUUUAUGCCUGUGAAAGUGUGUGUGCCUGCGCGUGAGAGAAUGUGUGUGUGCCUGCGCGUGAGAGAAUGUGUGUGUGCCUGCGCGUGAGAGAAUGUGUGUGUGAUGAGCUACAUUGUUGUUCUUCCUCUUUUGAAAAUCUAAACGACUGGCACCUGAAUGUUCCUGUUAAUAAUUUGUUGGCUUGAAAACAAAUGGGGGGGGGGGAUGCAUCAACUGCUUAAUGUGAACUGUGCGUCUUUUGAGAUGGACUGUGGCUUUAACUUGUACUUUUUGAAUCGAUGAGUAUGUAGUAGAAAACACUGAGAAUGAAUAUGAAAUUGGUCUUGCUCAUUUCUGACUAAUAAAUUGAAGUUAUUUAAAGAAAGUGAGCAGUCUUUAAUGAUGUUUGUAUAUUUUGUAAAGUUUUGACGACUGGUCGGCUGGUGCCCUGAAUUUCAUUUUACUGUACAGAAGCUCUGUCUCUCCUUCAAGUUGCAUGUUGAGUAGUUUGUUUUGUAUAUUGUAUUAACGCUAAAUAAAAGCCUAAAGUCAA